CACUUGUUCUCCGUUGUCGUCGUCUUCGCCGAUAUACCUGCGCCGGCAUCCGAUUCCUUCGGUCUAGAGUUUUUCGGAGGACGGAGAGAUCGGAGAUGGGGCAGCAGUCGUUGAUCUACAGUUUCGUGGCGCGGGGGACGGUGAUAUUGGCGGAGUACACGGAGUUCCAGGGCAACUUCAGAAGCAUCGCCGUGCAGUUCCUCCAGAAGCUCCCUGCCAGUAAUAAUCGUGUCACCUACAUCUGUGACGGCCACACCUGCAAUUACCUUGUUGAGGAUGGAUACACAUAUUGUGUUUUGGCUAUUGAGGCAAUUGGCAGGCAAGUCCCCAUAGCAUUCCUUGAUAGGAUCAAAGAAGACUUUAACAAAAGAUAUGGAGGUGGUAAAGCUGCAACAGCAUUGGCUAACAGCCUCAAUCGAGAAUUUGGGUCUAAGCUUAAAGAGCACAUGCAGUAUUGUGCGGACCAUCCUGAGGAGAUAAGCAAGUUGGCUGAGGUGAAAGCUCAAGUUUCAGAAGUCAAAGGAGUUAUGAUGGAAAACAUUGUGAAGGUGAUUGGUCGUGGGGAGAUCAUUGAUGUUCUUGUUGACAAAACAGAGAACCUUCGCUCUCAGGCACAAGAUUUCAGGCAGAUAGGAACAUCGAUGAGGUGGAAGAUGUGGUUUCAGAAUAUGAAGAUUAAGCUGAUUGUCUUGGGCAUUAUCGUUGCACUUAUCCUCAUCAUAAUCUUGUCAGUUUGCCAUGGCUUCAAAUGCUAAUACGAUGUACACAGAAGAGAGCCACCCAAUUCAUCCACAGGAUUGUGCUUUGGGAUAUAGAGAACAUUUUCUCACUAUACAAACAAUUUGUUGAGUACUUGUUGGUUUGUGUUUCCAUAUAUUACAGAUUAUACAGUGAUGUUUACUUCCUGUGAUCGAUGAAAUGUGUGUACAGUCUGAACAUUCUUAAUAUACAAAUUGUUCUUUGAUUUUUCUUUUCGUUUAUCA